AUGCACGUCUGUUCUCCAUAUAUCAAAUUAGCCAUCACAAUUUGCUUCUCAUCUUUGGUGAAGGCAUAUGUGCAGCAACCGGAGAGCAGUAAGCUGAAACUUGCACAACUGGAGCAGGAACUCCAGAAAGCUCACCAGCAGGGAAUCUUCAUUUCGAGCUCUGAAGAUCAAACCUAUAUGCCAUGA